AAACAAAAUCACACCGUUGAUAGUGUGGAGAUAAGACGUGAUGGAUAAUUAACUGUGUAUUUAGACGGAGUGAAUCCCACCUGCCCUCCUCUAUUGGCUGCUGGUGGGGGGUGGAGGUUGCGGCUCGUAAACUGUGAAGCCUUGCUGGUGUGUUAUCCAAAGGGGCCGACGUGUGUAUAAAAAGGUGGUGGCAGGUGUUUUUCAGCAUAGACUCGAUGGAAUGAUGUGGGCUCUCUUCUUCCUGAGUGCCUUGCUGGGGGCGUUGGGGUCAGAGGAGUCGACCUCUGGAGCAGCCCAGCAGCUCCAAGCCCUCCACUGCCCGCCCUGCGAGCAGAUCCACUGCUCCUCCCGCCGGGCGCUGAAGCUCCAGUGUAAAGGCGGCGUGACGACAGGCGUCUGCGGCUGCUGCCCCGUCUGCGCCAGGGUGGAGGGGGAGAGCUGCGGAGGGACCUGGGACUAUCUGGGCAAGUGUGACGAGGGGCUGGUGUGCGUCUACCAGGACUCAGCGGCUGACAGAGCAGACGCAGAGCGCGCAGGGAUCUGUGAAGCGGUGAUUAAAACCUUGGAUCCAGAGAGCUGCCGUCCAGAGUGCACCAGGGAAUACUGUCAGGCCAACCCCUCUGAAAUCUGCUCUGCCAGGUUUGUGUCUCUGGAGAAGACAACGUGCCAGGGCUCCUGCCAACACACCUCCUGUUCAAGCUGUCUCCUGCUGAAACCUCCGUCCUGCCCUCAGACCUGCAACCACUCUGAUGCUUCCUGUCUGCACCGCUUUGGGAAGUGUGUUCACAACCACCUGACAGCCACUCACAGUCACGUAUGCCACAACAACCUGCAGGGUCAGUCUGAGGGGCAUUUUCGGUGUUUGGUCCCGGCCUGUCUGACAGCAUCAAACUAAUUCCAGAUGAAAAGACUGGAAACCCUGUGUAGCCUGUGUAGCAAAAUUUAGAAAAAGGCAGCUAUUUAUAAAUAUGUGUGUAUAAAUGAAAUAUCAUUUUGUAUGAAAUAUAAAGUUGAGUUAAAACCUGUGAUAUUUUAUGUUUUUUUUUUUUUUUUAAAGAAAAUAAGAAAAUAAAAUUCCAAGUAUGUACUCUCUUCUUUUAGUGAUUAGGUUGGGACAACGUUGAUGUUUUAACCAUUGAUGAUUGUGUUGGCCGACCUCUUCCAGGUUUUUUUUAUUACGCCGUUACUUGUUGUACAUUCCGUUGCCUCUCUUUUUACAAGUUGACUUUAAGAGA